UCUGUCUGAGUAAAAACACACUUUUCCUCGUCAACUCGUCCCAAAAACAGUUACUCCCACUACUCUCACUCCUCCAACUGCAAGAAAAUUAAAAAACAAGACUGCCCACCUUUUAACUACUAGUAUAACUACGAGUCUUGGGAGCCAUUCCACAGCACACACACAGUCACAAGAAAUGCAAGAUCCAAACUCCAAGCAUUCGUUGAACCCCACGCCGUCGUUUCCUGCUGCAAUGCGGCCGGCCCAUCACCGGAGGGCCCACUCAGAGGUGAACUUCCGGCUGCCGGAGGACUUAGAUCUGGUGUCGGACCCGUUUGACGCGCCGGCAGGGAGUUUCGAGGAGAUGGGAUCCGAGGAUGAUCUGUUUUCGACUUACAUGGACAUUGAGAAGCUCAACGGCGGCGCGGGAGGCGGAGGCGGAUCUGGAAUUGGUGACUCUGUUUUGGACAAUGCGGGUGGGGGGAGUGGUGGGGCAGCGGUGGAGGAAGAGGAGAAAAGUGGUGGUGGUGUAUCUAGGCCAAGGCAUAGGCAUAGUAAUUCGGUGGAUAGUUCGAGUUUGUUGUUCAAUGAGAGUAGCAUUGAAGCCAAGAAAGCUAUGGCUCCUGAUAAGCUUGCUGAGUUGUGGACUAUUGAUCCUAAGCGCGCCAAAAGGAUCUUGGCAAAUCGGCAAUCUGCUGCUCGAUCAAAAGAAAGAAAGGCCCGCUACAUAUCUGAACUGGAGAGAAAAGUUCAGACCCUCCAAACUGAAGCAACAACUCUCUCUGCACAACUGACACUGUUCCAGAGAGACACUACAGGGCUGAGUAAUGAAAAUACAGAGCUUAAGCUUCGGCUACAAGCCAUGGAACAGCAAGCUCAGUUACGCGAUGCACUUAAUGAAGCAUUGAAGCAGGAAGUAGAAAGACUCAGAAUUGCAACCGGAGAAAUAUCAGCCACUACCGACACAUUCAAUUUGGCAAUGCAACACGUUCCCUACAACCAGUCUGCUUUCUUUUCCCCUCAGCCACAACCUGGCCCAAACGAUUCCCAGAACGUACAGAUGCAGCAGUUUCACACACUCCCAGCCGGCAUGUCGAGUCAUCAGCACCCUAUGCUUUCUGCAACUCCCCUGCAGGGCCUUUCCGACUCGUUGCACCAGGACCCUCUUGGACGGUUUCAAGGCCUUGGCAUCAGCAGUCGUAGCUCUCAUCUUGUGAAGUCUGAAGGUCCUUCCAUUUCGGCUAGUGAAAGCAGCAGUACAUUCUGAUUCAGGUCGUUUUUUUCUGAUUUGUUCAUCACCCCAAGCCUAUUUAUUUACUUGUUCAUAGACUGACACCAUUUUUAACAUCACAAUCAUCAGUAAUCCACAUUUUUUCAUUUUUUUCUAUUUAACUGGGGGGUUAUUAGAUUUCGCUAGUGUUGUAGGUUCCUCGGUUCUCGUUGUUCGUUGUGUCGGCGGUUGAUUAUCUCUUCAUUUCAUUUCAUUUUUUCUCUUCCUUCUCAAGUUAUUCAUUCAACUGAGAAAUUGUGUCUUGUGUGAUGGUCGUAGUGCUUUUAGCUGCUUCACUUCUUGUGUGAAGCUUCUCAUCUACUGACCGAGGGGGGACUCGGUCUACUAAUCUCUGUCAGUCAAGUGUAAUAAGACUUGCACAUUGUUUGUCCUUAAUUAACUCGAACGUUUUAUGUUGUACAUCUUAGUAACUUUAAUGCUAUCUUGCUAGACAUCUAAAUAGUUACUUCA